GCCGAGAGAUUCCCGGGCUGCCACGAGCGGUGGCGGACCGAUGCGCUCAACAGGUGGCGCUGUUGCCGGGGAUAACGGAAACCUACUGUUGUCCCUGGUGGAACGACAUCCGGUUACGAGUGAUAAGUGGAAUUGGAAAAGGAGGCCUACCAAGAUGCCGGAGGAUGGUGGUGCCGGAAGGGUCCUGACCCUCGAGGACCUCAUCGCAGCCCUAGAUCGACAUGAGAAGACCCCAAGUAAUCUUUCGAGGGUUGAGACCUUCCACUUUGAUGGGGAAAGGGUCUUUGACUGGCCAGACCUGGUGGAGCAGGCGAUGGUGGGAUUGUCAGAUGAGGUGAAAUUCCAGCGUAUCAUGAGGUUGGAGGAGGACUUUGACGUGGAAAGGAUGGUGGACCGGCUCCUUGAGGGUCAUAAUGACCUUAUGAACUUAAAAGAUAUUCUGGCGUCCGCACCAAGGCUCCGAGAGGAAUUGAAAGGGCGAUUGUCCCGAAGGCUAAUGCCCAACGUGCAUUUGAGCGCCAUCCUACCCAGAGAAGUGGGGUCGACACAAGCUGGGACAAGGAUGGACUGGAAGUGUGCAGCAUGCGGGCUGGUGGAUUUGGUAGUAAAGGAAAAGAAAUGCGUGGCAAUGAUGGAUACGGGCGCUGAAAUGAAUAUCAUUAGGGAAAGAGAUGCGCUCAUGCUUGGAAUGGAGAUCGACCGUGCGGACCACGGCGUGCUGCACGGAGCCAACUGCAAGGCAGUUUUUUGCGGCACCACGUCAAAUGUGAUCAUAGAGAUUGGCAAGGUGUGGGCAAGAACGUGCUUCUUCGUUAUGCCAGAUGUGGACCAUCCCAUCCUUCUGGGCAGAUCGUUCAUGUGCAGAACGGAGACCCUGAUCUUCAACAAGCACGACGGAACGAUGAUAUUGCUCCUGAGUGAUCCAUCUUGUGGGAACUAUGAAGUUGUCACUUGCCGGAACACGGGGCUUGGGAGCGAGCGGAAUAGGCCUAACCCCGGCUCGUUCACCUAUGUGGAAUCGGAGAAUGAGCGACGGAGGCUCGCGGAGGAGCCUGAGGAGGAAGAUGGGGCGGAAGUGCUGUCACUUAGCCUUACGGAUAUAAGCAAGGCUAUGGAGAUCGUGGCGGCACAUGAGAUGGCAGACCCGGAGGCCAUCAAGGCAUUAAGAGAGCACGUUUUGGAGAGCCCACGGGCAGGAAAAGAUCUGCAGCGACUAAAUGCAGUAACGGUGCGAGAUGCAAGAGGUUUGCCAAACGCAGAUGCACUAUCAGAAUCAUGCGCGGGGAGUCCUAUAAUAUCACUUAUAGACCUCUAUUCCGGGUAUGAUCAAUUUUCUGUGUACCCGCCCGAUAGGCCGGUGACAGCGAUGCACACGCCAAGGGGACUAAUCCACAUGAAUGUGGCUUCCCAGGGUUGGACGAAUGCAGUGGCAAUGGUGCAAAGACAUAUGAUCAGGGCCAUGCAAACAGUCAGCCCGCACAUCACUCAGCCCUAUAUCGAUGACUUGGCGGUCAAAGGGCCAAAGGAGAAAGAGGAGGACGAGGUGCAGCCCAGGGUGAGGCGUUUCGUUUGGAGGCAUAUCCAGGAUCUCGAUCGAGUCUUGGGUCUGCUAGAGGAGCACAACCUCACUGCAAGUGGGCCAAAGUCCAAGCACUGCAUGAGAGAAGCCACCAUCCUGGGGUUUGUCUGCAACGAGAAGGGCCGGAAGCCAGAUGUGAAGAAGACAGACAAAAUCCUAGAGUGGCCGGUGUCUUUCCAGACUAUAACGGAUGUGAGAAACUUUCUUGGCACUUGCGGAUUUUGGAGGAGCUUCGUGAAAGAUUUCGCCGCCAAGACUGAGCACUUAAGGAAGCUGGUGCGCCAGGACCAGGAGUGGGUUUGGGGCGAAGACCAGGAAGAAGCAGUGACCAGGAUGAAGGGAGAAUUCAGGGAAGUUGUGUUAGCUAUCCCAAAAGGAUAUGAGCGGAAGGCCGACUUAGUCCUUAAGCCCUUUCAGGAAGAAGAUCAGUGGGGAGGCAAGGACACUCAGUGGAUGAUGAAGUUGGCACUGGCGGGGACGCAUGGCUUGGUGGAAGAAAGGAGGACGAUAGAGGAAGGGCCUACUCAGGUAGAGGAGAAUGAGCAGCUAAUGGGAGGGUUGUAUCUGCUCACUAAUACACUCCUGCAAGGGGACUUCGACCAGAGGGGCUCGUUUAGUCAUGAGGAGAAUGAAAUCCUGAUUCCUGAAAGCCAGGACGAUGAGUUUGAGGAGGGAGAGAUUAAGGAGGCGUUCCGGGCGGAGGAAUACGAUGGGAUCUAUCUUGAGUUGGGUCUACUUCUAUCCUGUGAAAUGAGGGACAGGGAUGCUAGCGACAAGGCGCAGAAGUUGAGGCACCUCUACGUGGUGAGAGAUGGCCAUUUGUUUAUAAAACGGCAAGUUGGGAACCCCAAGCGGAUUGUGUGUGGAAGGAACCGACAGUUGGACAUCAUAGCAGCAUUGCACGAUGGUAUAGCAGGAGGGCACAGAGGGAUAGGUGCCACAUGCGCGAAGAUAAGCGAGCUCUACCAUUGGGAUGGAAUGCUGACGAUGGUCAUCAAGUACUGCCAAUCCUGUGUACCCUGCCAAGAGAGGUCAGCGCAAAGGCCGGGAGAGCCUCUGCACCCAAGGCUGGAAAGGGAGGUGGAUGCGGUCGUACACUUGGACCUGCUGUUUAUGCUAGUUGGGGACAAUGGGUGCGAUUACAUCUUCGAUGCACGUGACAAUCUCACCGGGUUUGUAGACGGGCGGGCUAUCCGGACGAAGACUGACCCGGUUUUGGCGAAUUGCAUUGAGGAGUAUUACCUACGCUAUCCGUUCGUCGGGGAGUUCGUGAUGGAUCGAGGGUCGGAGUUUACCUACAAUGAGGUGCGGACGCUGCUUGCUGGGUAUGGAGUAGUGGCCAACUAUACUACGGUCGCGCACCUGCAAGCGAACGCUCCUGUGGAGAGGGGGCAUAGUACCAUCACGAAUCUCUUGGCUAAGUCUGACUUUUUGAAGGCAACCAUGCAGAGGGGCGGGCGGGGCACGCGGCCACGACAGAGACCUCUCGGGGCAUCCAGAGGGGAGGAGCGGCAUGGGCCCUUCAGGAGGGAGCCUACACCUGUGUUCGAUGACGACAACAUCGAACUCUUCUUGGAUGCCUACCAAGAGCAUGUAGUCCAAAGGGGAUGGGACGUAUCUGAGAGGGUACGUCACUUGAGGGGAGUUGGGAGGUUCGAGGAGCCCAUUGCGCAAAUCAGGGAGGAAGCCCUGACUUGGUCGGAGGUAAAAACGAGGAUGCAGAGAUUGAGAGCUUCGCCUUUGGGGAACGAUGAGCUACCUAUCCGCUUGGAGGAAGGUAAUGUGGAGGAGUUUAUCCCGGCAUACGAACAGUAUAUGAGCGAUCAGGGGGUUCCGAGGGAUGAAUGGGCGCAAACGCUACUCAUUUGGACCAGAGGAGAGGAGCGUCCGCUGGCGAGACAGAUCCAGGGUCGGGCACGAGAUUGGGAGGAUUGUCGGGCUCAGCUGAGGGUGGCAUUUCGGCGACCGGAACCAGAGAGGCCAGAACCAAGGGUGGAUAGAAGGCGGCGGAGUAAGAGACUAUGGGAUUUGGAGGCAAGAGAGUCGGUGGCGUCGAGAGGUGGCUGGAAGGCCCUGGCGCAGCGGGAGGGAGGACAAGCAGGAUCGGCUAGGGCAAGGGAAUCCUUCCCUGCCUGUGGCCUCAGGCAGGUGGAGUUUCAUCGAGUCACGUACAGUGACUUGUUGGGGCCCUUGCCACAGGCGCCAGAGCGGAGGGAAAGCGAGGUACCGGCAGCACCGUUCGAGGGUUUGGAGGCCCACUUGGACGCGUCCCAGUGGGAGGCCCCUUCCGCAGGAGGAAGCCCUAUAGAGCCAUCGGGAGGGGAGCAGACUCGUCUAGAGCCUGAGACGGAGCCGCUCAGACUGAAGGGGGUAGGUGCAGAAGAUGUCAUUAUGGUAGAGGGUGACACCCCCCCCGGCUCCCCAGCUCGAGCUCAGAUGCGGCGGGCUUGGCCUGAAGGCGAAGUUGAGGCGAGGGGGCCGGCAGAGAGGUGGAGGACGGAGCCCCGUCUAGUCAUUGACUCACGGUUAGCUGCACAUGCGGCCGAGCACCCAGACAUUGAGGGGUCCAGCCUGGCCGGGCCAUCAUCGAGGCCAGCGUGUGCUGAGUCAGAGGGAGGCCCGCAAACUGCGACUGGGGAGGUCUCGGAGGCAGGCGCAAGAAAGGAGCCGGACGUCGCCGCCCAGGCAAAGCGUGCCAGGGUGCGGGCUCGCUUCGCGGAGAUACAUGAACGAAGGGACAGGAUGGAGGCUGCAGGGAUAGCGCCAAGGCCACUUUUCGCCCCAAAAACGAGUGAAGAGAGGAUUGAUGAGUUGUGGGCCAGAUAUGAGGGGCGGAAAGAGGCAGCUCGCCAGAGGGCACGAGAGGCGGGCCAGACGAUUGAGGGUGCUGACGAGGCGAUAGAGGUUGGAGAGCUGGGUUUUACCGCCACUAGAAGGGCCAUCGAGUGGGUGGACAAGGGGAUAAAGCAGACAUCCAUCGAGGCAUUUCAAAGGUACUCCCUGCUUAGUGAUGAGUUGGCUCUCAGGAAAGACAAAGUGGAACAGCUGACUGCCCAACUCGCAGAGGAGAGGGCCGAGAGCAAGGCCACGCAAGCUCGCCUGGAGGCGAAGGAGACUGAGUGGGAGGCAAAACUCAAGGAAAUGGCGGCCACGGUGGAAAGACUUGCCGCCACCAAGGUAAUCGACUUGACUGAGCAGAGCAGGUACGACAUCCAAGGCAAGGAGGUGCAAGGGUUGUUUGGCCAAGAGGAGGCAGCGGAGGCAUCUCGGCAAGAAAAGUUAGGGAAGGUAUUUCUGGACCCAGCUGAGACAGAGGCAAGGAAGGAAGCCAACAAGGGAAGCUUUGAGUUCAAGGCUCCCACUGAGCUGGCUUCGCAGCAGGAGGAUCCUGCUUCAACGGAUACCCCUAUGGAGGCGCUGACCCAAGAACCCCAACCUGCACCAGAGGAAGAGGAGGCGCCUGAGGAGUCACUGGCGAUCCUUCUGGACGUACGGGAGGGGACUCUCACUGGAGCGGUAGAGCCUCCACAGCUUGAGGCACAGGGGGAGGGGCCGUCACGUCUAGACGAGUUGAUAGCAGCCAUGGAGGUGGAUACGCCGCCAGAGAGGCCUCAGGGAUUGGAGGCCCCAGAGCACGAGCCAAAGUUGGAAGAGUUGAGGGUACAGCUGGGCUCGUGGGCCACUCGGACCGACUCGGGAGGACCGACUACUGACCAACGGUAGCAGGAGGCCACAAGCCAGCCUACUAGAGCCGCUACUCCCCAGG